AUGGGUCUCUGGACUGCGUCCGGCUAUGGAUUCUAUGGUCCUUCGCGCUCAGCCUCCAAGUCAGAGGACUUCGAUGUUCCACAUAAUUACACACAAACGCGUCUCUCCUUGCGGUCUUGUGCCUUUUCUGUGGAGUUGAUGCGAAACCACAACGGAUCAGAAAGCGUCACCACCGUCCCUGUGGACAACACCUCCAACAAUGUGCUUCUCUUCAGUGUGACUCCAUCGUCGAGGUUUCUUCGAGUUCAACUUAGUGCACAACGCGAAACACUGCGACAUCUCUAG